AUGGGUCUUUCUGGCAGUAAAUCACGGAUAAAACCUCCCAAGCCCGGCCAGCGUCUUGCCAACACAGGAAUUGAAGACUUUGACAGUGUUUUCACUAAGUGUGAGCCAUUACUCAAGCAAGUCCAUGAAAUCAAAGUUGAGCUCGAUUUACGAACAACAGAAUUCAUUGAAUCACUUGGAGCCCAAAGCCAAUGAGAAGAGCAGCACAGUUUUGAAGAGUUAGUAAGGCUUAUGCUUAUCGUUUUUUCCACUAUGGCCAGAGGUGAUUUAGAAUCUCUUAGCCUUACCUACUCAGAAGAAACUUCCCCUUACAUAGAUUUAAACCCCAAGCUUCUAAACUCAAGUUCAAGAAAAAUGAUGAAAACCUAUCGCGAAUUAAUUAAAUUCAUUGAAAGUCUUCGAGAAAAACUUGCUUUGCUUGAUGAUCAACUGUCAGAACUAGCUAAUAAAUCCCAAGAUUUCCCUCAUAAAGUAGCUAGUCUGGUUGAUGAAUUUUGCAUGGUUGAUAAAAUCGCUGCAAUUAAAAACACAAAUAAAAAUUGCAAAGAACUGGAGCAGGCUCCUGCUUAUUUGAAAGAAAUGAUAAGGAUUUCUAAUGAAAUCAGGCCAGAUAUCAUAAAAGCUUGCAAGAAAGCUGCAGAAGAUCACUUUUUUGCAGACCAUUUAAUCAUCUGCGGACUGCAGGCGAGAAAUGAAGGCUUGCGGCAUCCAAGUGAUAUAAUCAAUCGAUAUGGUGCUUCUCGGCACACUACUACUGUAAAAAAAUCAAUGACAAGCUAG